CUUCGUCCCGGGCAGAGCCGCACGCAGCCGCUUCCCGCUGCGUCGGUCCUGGACUGCAGCUCGGUGGCGGCCAGGGCAACAAGCAGCGGCAUCUUGGAGCAUCUUCUUUCCCGAGUGCCCUUUCAUCUCUCCCAGCCCGCUCCUCUCUCGUACCUGCAGUCUUUUCUUCUCCCUUCACUCCUUCUACCUUAUUUCUCCUUGUCUCUCCCUUCUCUUACCAUUUUCUGGUUUUAAGGGUUUUUUUUUGCUUUCCUUCUCUUUCUUCUUCUCCCAUCCUGUUCCUUUUUGGACCAUUUUCAUUUAGUGCCUCUUAAUUUCUUCAUUUCUUCUGGUUUUUUUCCCUUGGACUUUGCCUUGUCAUGUCAAGAUGGAAGUCAGGCAUGACUGGCUCUCCUCAUCCCCCCAUGAGGGCUUCGAGCAGAUGAGGCUGAAGAGCAGACCCAGGGAGCCUUCCCCAAGCCUCACCAGAGUAGGUGCGAACUUCUACAGCACUGUCAAGCAGCAGGACUACAGUGCCAGUGUCUGGCUGAGGAGGAAAGACAAACUGGAGCACUCCCAGCAAAGAUGCAUUGUGAUCUUUGCACUGGUAUGCUGCUUUGCAAUUCUGGUUGCACUGAUAUUUUCGGCAGUGGAUAUUAUGGGAGAAGAUGAGGAUGGACUCUCAGAAAAGAACUGUCAAAAUAACUGUCGGGUUGCUCUUGUGGAAAAUAUUCCUGAAGGGAUCAACUAUUCAGACAGUGCACCAUCCCAUUUGUCUCUUUUCCAAGGCUGGAUGAAUUUGCUUAAUAUGGCUGAAAAGUCUGUUGACAUAGUAUCUUCCCAGUGGGACCUCAAUCACAGCCAUCCAUCAGCAUGCCAGGGUCAGCGUCUUUUUGAAAAAUUGCUUGAUCUGGCGUCCCGAAAUAUUGAGAUAAAACUAGUGAGCGAUAAACUGCCCAUGGAAUCAAAGGUAUUAAACGACUUGAAAACAAAGGGUGCUGAAGUGUUGUAUAUGAACAUGUCAGCAUAUAAUGAAGGUCGGCUUCAGUCGUCUUUCUGGAUUGUUGAUAAACAGCACGUAUACAUUGGAAGUGCCAGCCUAGACUGGAGAUCGUUGGGACAGAUGAAGGAACUUGGUGUCAUUGUAUACAACUGUAGCUGCCUUGUCCUGGAUUUACAAAGGAUAUUUGCCCUGUAUAGCUCAUUAAGGUACAAGAAUAAAAUACCUCCAAGUUGGUCUAAGAGACUCUAUGGAGUGUACGAUACUCAAAAUAAGCUGACGCUGCAGCUGAACGAGACGAAAUCGGAAGCUUUUGUGUCGAAUUCACCUAAACUCUUCUGCCCCAAGGACAGAGUCCUGGAUAUUGAAGCUAUCUACAGUGUUAUUGACGAUGCCAAACAGUUUGUGUACAUUGCUGUCAUGGACUACUUGCCCAUUGUCAUCGACACCAACGCCAAACGGUACUGGCCAUAUUUAGAUGGGAAGAUAAGAGAAGCAUUAGUUUUACGAAGUAUUAAAGUACGGCUUCUCAUAAGUUUCUCAAGAGACACAGAUCCCCUUACUUUUAACUUCGUUUCAUCUCUGAAAGCUAUUUGCACUGAAGUUCCAAGCUGUAGUUUGAAAGUUAAAUUCUUUGACCUUGAGGAAGAGAGUGCCUGCUUUCUUAAAGAACAGAAGAACACUUCCCUUCCCAAAUUGAAUCGUAACAAAUACAUGGUGACUGAUGGAGCUGCAUAUAUUGGUAAUUUUGAUUGGGUAGGAAAUGCUUUUACGCAGAAUGCUGGAGCUGGCCUUGUUAUCAACCAAGCAGACGCGGGGAACAGCACAAGCAUCAUUAAGCAACUCAAGGCCGUUUUUGAAAGGGACUGGUAUUCACAUUAUGCCAAAAGUUUACAACCAACAAAAAUCCCAAACUGCUUUAACCACAAACUUACUAAAGGAACUUCAAAUAAGACUGCCAUGAGCAAUGUGAAUUAGAAAGACUAUUUUACCGUUUAGUAUUGCAAUGAAGAAUUAUGUUGGGGUGUAGCCUUCUUUCAUAUUUACAGACAAAAGACUUAAAGAAAAAGCAAAAAAAAAGUUUGGUUUGGGGGGGGUGUUUUUAGGAAAAAGCACACUUAUAUUAAAUCUGUCUAACCUAUAUUCUCUAUAUGAAUUAUUUAAGACUUUCAAAUUUGUUACUUCUGACACUGAAUGUCAUUUCCGCUUCCAUGUGAAUUUUAAUGUUCCACAUUUGAAUUUAUCAGCAUGUGUCAAUGUUUCUGUUUUAGGACUUUUCCCAAUUGCCAACCUGGCUAGAACAAACCUUGAGGCAAAAUGAAGAUUCAAGCUAUGAAAUGGCAUUCUAAGAUCAAUUGUUAUUGACAUACAAAUAGAUGGUAGGUUUACUGUAAUAGCAAAUGUAAAGGACUAAGCAAAGUUUCACCCAUAUAAAUAAUUCCCUUUAAAUAACUACCUAGUCAUAAAAAUACUUCCUGGUUUUGAGCAUUUACUUUGAGUAUCACUAUUCCAUGUCUUCUAACUAGCCUUAAAAUACAUUAAAGUUACAGGACUCGUAAUUCAUUCAUCUCCUGACAGUAUGAGAAAUUUUUGAGGAGUUGGGGUUGGCCUCAUCAAGUUUGUCAUAUUCCCUAAAGCUUCUCAGAUUCUUUUAUCAAAGUACUGUGGAUUCCUUUCAACAGAAUAGUUAUUUCCAAUUACAUGCAUUUCAUCUAACAGUGAAAAUCUCUGGAUUAAUAGCUAAAACCUAGGACUGAAUUUUUUUUUUAUGUUUUUGUAAUCUCAAGAAAAUUUCUUCCCCAAGUUAAAUAUUUAUCAUCUGUGAGUCAGCAGAUAUGUGAUGACUCAUUAUCAAACCAAUGCACAUCUCAAAAUCAAAUACUGCUUUUUCGAAAGGUCAGGGGUUAUGCAAAAUCAUGCAAUAAUUGUCGUUAAAUGAUCAUCUAGUAAUUUUGUUGUUUUUUACACCUGAAGAGUUUGCUUUCUUAACUUCUACUUUAAAAAGAAAUAAAAAUUGUGAAAUGACAUUUUUUUGUUAAAAUGUCAUCCAUAUAGGUAAAUACAUCUGCAUGGACAGAAAAGUGAUGCUUUAAUUUAGACCACAGUUUUUAGUUGGUGUCAAAAGUGUGCCUCUACAAUCACAACUCAGUUGCACCAAGAAGCAACUGUUCUAUGAAAGUGUGAAUUUACUCUUUGAAGAAAUACACAGAAAUGUUUGAUGACAGAUUUUUCUCCAGUCAGAGAUGUAAUACAUAGUUUCAAAAUAAAAAUGUUUCACUGCUAUGCCUCUGCUUCCAUUGAAGAAAUAUAGCCAUGAAGGCAAACUGCAUUCUGCAUUUCGUUAAAUAUUCACAGAACCUUUUCGAAAACGAUGACUUUUCUUCUCAUUUCCUGCUGGCACACUUCAAAAGCAGAGGGCAAAAAGAGAAAGAAACCUAACCACGUUGCAAUGUAUUACUUUAAUCUUAAGAAGAAGUCAAAAACCCACCUUGACUCUCAAAACAUAGGUUACACUUAUAAGGUAAAUAAUUAAAAUUUAUUUUAAGGUAAGCACAGCUUAGGAAAUUCUAAUAAAUCAACAUAUGCACAACUUCAAAUUGUCAGCUAGAGACACCCCACAAGACUAAUUAUGACCCCAAAAGGCACACUUUUGACAAAGAAUCUUUGUUUCUUUUGCAAUUGCAAAGAUUUACGUCAUCUUACUGAAAAUAAUGAUAAAACAAAAAAUUUUUAAGAUUGUCAACUUUUACAGAAAAUAUUUUGCACAGCUCCAAUGUCAAUAACAUUUUCUGAUAUUCAGAUAAACACAUGCCACGUAUUAGUCUCACACACACAGCAAAGUAUAUAAUCCGACAUACUGAUAAGAAACAACUAUUUAAAAAGAAAAUGGUUUUCUGAGUUGCUAUGAGGAAAGAUCCUUGUGAGGAGAAAUUUCUGGGUUUUCUUCCUUCUGUAUAUAAUUUAGAGUAUGUAUAGCAAGUAUGGGAGAAAGAUCCCCAGCACUUAACUUACUUGUUGUGGAUAUUUUGCUUUGUUUAAGAAAUUAAUAUAAGUCCAGAUUAAUUUCUGGUGAAAAUUUCAGCUGAGUUAUACCACCAAUAACUUUAGUCUUACGAGUCAAAAAAAACCCCACAAAAUGAACAAACAAAAAGCCCACCACAUUUUUAAAAGCUGGUUGAGACAGUUGUACAGUGUCUGAGGUCCCCAUGGAUGGGUGAUCUUAAAGUUUGAGAUAAACUUAAUACGAUGUCCUUACAUAAAACAAAAAAACCCACUUUCUGGAGUUGUUAAUUGUAGCACCUAAUGGCAAUAAUAUACAGUAAUCAAUCAGUGUAGGGGGUUUAUUCCCUCUUGCAUUAUGAUCCUGAAAAUGUGUUAAGUUUUGUAAAUGACAUCUUGUAUAAAUAAUGGAGGAUCUGAGUGGAACAGAAAUUUGUCAGACAGUAAAGCUAAGCUGUCUGUUUAUAAAACAGGAUUUUAUUGAUGAAAUCAGACUGAUCACUGACUGAUUUAGUAUAACAAAUGAAUAGUAAAAUAGUUUUACUGGACAGAUCCUAGGAAAAUGCAGAUCAUGAAUACUAACAAGAUCUGUUAGUUUACAAAUAUUAUUGGCUAGAUAAACAAAUUCUUGGUGCUUCAAUGACCCCCCUCAAAGAGCAGAUACAUAAAAGUACAUUUUAAAAGUGGCAGUAUGUUUUAGUUUUAUGAAUUGGAAGAAUUUGGGUGGUUUUGAACAACUUUCAAUGUGAAAUACUGGCCAGCUAUCCGAUAAAUGGAAUGGCAGACUCAAAUUUCAUUUGGUAUGAAGUAUGGAUCAAUACUGUAAUAACUGUUUAGAAUGGUGUCAGCUCCAAAGCAGUACAGAAGGCCUUGAUCUAUUACAUUAGCCAAAAGACAAAGUGCAUCCUUGGACUUCAGCAAAUAGGAAAUUUAAAAUACCAGAUUAUUUUUUGAAACUGUCUAAGGGGAUUAUCGCCAAUUAUUUGGCUUGGGCCAACGCUGUUACUGUUUAACUAGAUUUGCUACAACAGCCUCGAUUUUGGCUUCAGGUCCUUCUACCACUGUAGUAAAUCUGAAGCAAAUUCAUUACAGUGAUUUCACACUAGUUUAGCAGGGUUCAGAGUCUAAACUAGUUUCCUCUUGCUUCCGCUCUCCUGAGUAUCACCACUGCACAGGCUAUUUCCUAACUUAACAGGGAUUUGCAUUCAGGGGUUUCUCCCAAACCUCACAGGCAUAACCCAAAAGAUGCACUUUCUCUAGGCCCCUUCUAACUGGCAUUGGUAACUGUCAUAUUAAAGGCAAUUUCCUAAACAGAACAGUUUUAUUGUUAAAGAAUAUAGACUGUAAUUGUUGUUUGCUGCAAACAUUUACUAGUGCCUUAUUCAUACAAGUUUUUGUUUAACUGUUCCUCACAUGAAGACCUGCAAAAGAUCCUGUAUUUAGUACUGAGGCAUACAGCAAACUUCCUAAGUAAAAAGACAUUGUCAUGUUUACAGUUUAGUACCUAAAACUAGAGUCACAAAAAGACAAAAACUGACUGCAAGAUAUUGGUCCAAACCACAAGCACAUCUAAACUGGAGUGUUUUUAUCCAAUCCCGGUUCAAGAACUAAAUUUCACAGUUUACUCCUGGGUUCAUUAUCAACUAAUCUACAACAUAGUUGAAUUAUUCUGUCCUGCCAAAGUAUAAAAUCUGAAUUCCCCCAAACAUCUGGCUGAUAUCAAAACCAUAAUCAUAGAAAUUCCUGUGAGCACAGGUUGAAGUCCAAAUAUCACGUAGUGGCUACUUUCCAGAUCUUGCAUGUUAAGUCUCAAGUUGUUUUGGACCAGCUACUUUUUCUGCCAGAAGCAUGAACUAGUAUCCACAACUACUCUCACUUUCUCUUUGAAGACCAGAAAGGCAUGGAUUAUGUGCCAUAGCACAAUGGCUGUAGCUGUACCCUAACAGGAACAGGUUUAGGUUUUACCCAGUACAGGGCCAGGUGUGCCUCCCAGUAAAUCUGUCCUGGUGGAUCAGAAGAGAGCUUGAGAAACAAGUAGAAAAGCCUCCAAAUGCUACUUUUAAGACGUACCCAUUAUUUGCUAUACUACCAGCUGCCUAAAUUCUACUACUUUGUUGAGAUUUGCACACAUAAAAACUGAACAAAUAAGUUCUGUUACCUGCCAGUUAACCCUAAUUAAGAAAAAAUCCAGACAAUUUAUAGGGUUUUUUGUGACUUUAGCGUGUAUUUACUGGAAAGAGUGUACGCACUCUCAUUAAGAUGGUAAAAGACAUCAGCUGGCUAUUCCAGUUCUUCAAUCUAAAGUCCUAAAUAUCCCAGUCUCAGAUCAUUAUGCACUUGACUCCUGAGCAUGGCCUUAUAGAGUGCACUAAGUUGUCUUAAAACCUUUCUGGUCUUCAAAAUUAACUCUUCAUUUUAAUACAAAAAUAUUGACUAAAUAUUUAGUAUGUUUCCAGAUGGUAAUUUCUGGUGCUGUGUUUUUCUUCCACUCUUACUCUUUCUCUACCUACAUCUAUCAUAUAUUCAUGUUUUUUCAGUCAUCGUUACUCCAGUGCAAUCUGUGUAAAGAAAUCAGAAUGAAUCCUUGGUGUGUUUAAAAUUCACAGUGAUGCCUCCCAAGUUGAAGGUACCAGUGAACAUGCUCCACUUCUAACACUGCAAGGUAUAGCAGCUCAACUGAAGCUGUAGGAGAUUGCUUUUCUUAGCUGUAGUUUUUCACUUUAAUUACUGCUGGAUGUUAUUUAUGAAUUUCUCAGUAUUGAAUCAGGUUGCUCUUGGAUCAUCACUUGCACAAAUGCCUUAGAAGCUUGCCAAACUAGCAUGUAAAAGAGACCUCAUUCAAAAUAGUUUAGACAAGAAAAGAAGAACUCAUGUGCUUUACGCUCUGAAGGGUGCUGAAGUCAAUGGAUAAACUCCAGUCUUACCAUCAAGUGGAGCUUUCUAUUUAUCUCCUGUUUAGAUAACCCCUCAUGGACUUCCAGGAAAAGUCUGUGAGAACUCUGUGUUUGAAUUACCUUGCAAUCAGGAAUUUACAGAGAAUCUGAGUGAAGAAUCCAGCUGUAUUGAGUGAUUCAACACUGUAACUUAAACUGGAUUUUCAUGAAACCACAUUUAUAUUCCACAUCUAUAUGAUACAACUGCAUAAACAUGCUAAUGUCAGGUUUUCCCUACAGUUCAAAAACAUGUAGGACAAAAAUCAAGCUACUGCAGCCUGUUUCUGAAAACAUUGUUAAAAAUGGCUUUUAAGAGCAUAAUUCAAUUCUGGCUGCAAAUUAUUCUGCUAUAGUAGUGUAGUAAGCUCUAUUUUGCUCACAACAAAUUCUACACUGUGAUUUUACAGGAAGACUCAAUAACUUUUUAACCCUGUAAAAUAACCGUGAUCAUUCCCUCUUUAAGAACAGAAAGAAGGUUGAUGGCCAAUUCAGGCUACAGAACAUAACAAAAUACAAUAAAAUGGCUGGAAACUGCAGCAUUCCAGAGGAUUAUUUUGUGUUAUUUUAUGUUGCAUGGCCGCAAACAUGAACAAUAUGAAUUACAUGUAUCACAAUGGUGUUGUGUGAACAUGUGGUGGAUGUUGAAUCUUACACAGUAAAAUCCAUCCCUCCUGUAAACAGCAUAAAAUGUAGUAAGGGUAGAGAGGAAGAGGCAAAAAGAGCCAAACUAACUUGAAUCAGCUUGAGUUAAUGGACUGGAUGCUGACCUAAAAGCUCUGGACUGCAUUUUUGUUUUGUUCCUUUCUCUGCAAAAUCCUGUAUUUCUUAUGCAUCCUCCUUGCUUGUCUUUAUAUGAAUGAACUCCUGCGAUUGUUUUCAGAAUGAGGAAAGAACCUUUAACAGCUACAAACUUAUGCUUAACAGAAAGAAAUCAGCAUGAAUACAAGCCCGUUCAUUUCUGUUUAGCAGGUACUGAGUAGUAAAGCACUAUUUGAAAGAGGACUCUCCCUCGCACAUUAGAAGUUUCUAGUGUAAUAUAAGCAAGAAUUGACAACAUAGCACAUGCCUGCAGAUUUCACAUCACACGUGGCAUUUGCUUGUGUUCUCUCAAUGUACAAGAACAGUCAUCAGACAGACACCAUUCUGAACUACUGAUAAACUGGUGAAAACUAAGCACAAGCAUCAGGCAAUCCAACUUGACACACUCAAAUGAGGAAAAGGAAUCCUCCCAGAAGAGCCAACUAUAUAAAGUUUAUAAGUCACUUAGAAGCUAGAAUUAUUUUCAGAUAUCAUUUUGGGGGACUUAAUGGGGAAUUUAAUGAGGAAGGAAUCUUUCUGUUAUGUAUUAAAGGCAUGCACCAUUAUAUGUGGUGUCUAAGCAAGACAGCAUAAAAAUGUAAAAUGAGAAGCUCUUCAAGUGGAAGUAUAUAGACCAACAUUUUCUUGACUGACCUGCUAACAAAUAUUUUCUAGUGGAUUUGCUUAACAUUCAAUUACUUCACAAUAUUCUCUUAAAUUACUCUGCAAGUAUUCCUCAUUUGUAUUUCUUCAAGAGACACUGUACCUGCAUUCGGUGUUUUACUUGAAACUUGACAAAAAAGCAGGAUGCUUCUGGAAGUGACAGCUGUUUCUUUCUAAAGGUCAGAGGGCUUUCUUGCAUCUAACUUGUCCUCUUACUGCCUCCUACUUCUUCAGCAACCCAGUCCAGGCUUACACUUGUCAUUGCCUGAGUAGCAAAGAAAAUUAAGUAUUUUUAGUCACCUGCUUUUUCUGAAAACUGCUGGCUGUUCAACAUAUUUUUGCCCUUUGAGAGAUCCCUCAUCUAAUGAGAUACUAAAAGUAUAAUAAAGGAGGCCAAGCACAUAAUUCCAGCUGCCUCAUAUAAUGUGGAAAAACACAUACACAAAAUUUGGAAACAGAGAUGGAAGGCGGGGGUGGGGAGAAUGCUUGAGAAGCUUUAAAUGAGGUAGAGGUUCUUCUGAUGAUAUAAAUAUCUCUUCUGGUGAACUUAUUUUAUUCUAGAAUAAACCAUUCUUCACCACACAGACAGAUUUGCAAUGACUGAAAUGUGUGGCUAACUUUAGCAUGAAAAGGUGAGAGAUCAAACACCCCUCGUCUUUAUGAAUUGAACUAAUUUCUUCACUAAGUAGGCCAGGUGGAAGAAGCAGGUAACAUUGGUUCCCGUUCUGAGGGAAUAGGCCAGGUUGCUACUAGAAAUAGGGCUGAUAAGGUUUCUAAAGAAGGCAAAGAUCUUAUGCAUCUGACUUCUAUUAAUUCUCACAAGAUGGUGCAUCUCUGUGGGAAAUUGGGGUUCACAGCUUUAGUAACAAUUUCUUUGUGGCAAACUGUCAGACUUCUCAGGAGAGCUCCUUUUCCUCCUUCUCACUAUGCUCAAGACAGUUGUGACAUCUGCUUUUAACAAUCUCCAGAUUCUUCAAAGGCAUUACUAAACUAGAUUGUAAGAAUUUUCCCUGUGGAAAGGAAAAAUGAAUGGCAGGUUCAGCGAGGAAUCCAAAGAAUGUAGUAUAAAUAUUAAGAUACGUAGAAAAUCAGGAUCAAAACCACAAGGCAGUCUCAUUUUUGCCAACUAAGGAAACUUGGGAAAAUAACUGAGAGGCUAAUGCAGUAACUUAGAUUAAUGAGACUGAAAUUUAUAAACCUAAACUCUGUUACUUUUAUGGACAGUCCCCAUAUCUAAACUGCUGCUCUCAUUAUGCAGAGAGGAAUCAGUGAACUGCUUUGAUACGCUGCACAAAGGUUUUGGCAUUCAAAGUCUUAUGUCCAUUUCUGAGUGUAUACAGCUUAAAAGGUAGCCUAGAAAAUGAGAUUCUGUGUAUAUUUAUGCAGAUCUUACUUCCAAAUAAUCAUUGAAAACCAGCCACUUCUCACAGCAUUUGUGUCUUCAGAUGUCAUCACAGAGAUCUUACUAAACAAGUCUGGAGAAAAGGCAGAAAAGCAACAUCUGUGGCAGCAAGUAAGCCAACUAAAAAAAGCUGCAAGCCCAUUUUCCAAGUGCUAGUUGAUACAAUAAAAGCAUUCAGAUGCCCCUAUCCAGCUCAGAUUCCAAAUGUCCUUGUAUCGGAUUCCAAAUACAGACUUUAGGCUCCUCACACGUGUACACACAGAGACACAUCCUCAAAGGAAAAAUGAGUAUCUAUGCCAGAAGAGCUUGGAACGUCCACCAUGACUUGUUCCACUGCUGUCCUACUCUUAAAUAAGGCUGAUAGGAAAUAGUACAGCUUUCUGGAAAGGGCCAGUAUCCUUUACUAGAAAAUGCAAAUAUGCACACAAAGAGACUCAGAAUAAUGAGUGGACUCCUGGCUGCAGCACAGAGGGACAUCAAUGUCACCAUUUCUGAUAGCACACACCAAAGCCAUCUACUCACCUUGUCAUUCCCACACUGCAUGUGUGCCAAAGCUCACUUUUUUAAAAAACAAAGGGCAGUGUUUCUCUCUGAAUGAAACAUUCCAGAGAGGAUUAUACCUUUCCUUUUUUUUUCAAUAGAGAGAACAGCAAUCACCACCCCAUUUCUUUCUUCCCUUUCCACACUCCAUUUUGCAAAUUAGCAAAUGUUUCCACCAUCUCUGCCUCAUCUGUCCUUUUCCUUUUCAAGCUAUUUCCUAAAUGCUGUUUCUGAAUCCCUUGCUACUGCUUUGUACACAAGGAUGAAUUCCUGCAACUUGCACUGUUGGUGCUGUAACAUCCUACAAGGUUACUUCCACUAGCUUUACCUGAAGUGCUCAGAAGAGGGAAGUGCAUGCACACAAUGUUUAAAGACACACGAAUUACUGUGUAUGAAGACAGGGGAAGUCAGGGCAGAAGCAGAAUGCAGGCACUACUGGAAAAAUACCUGGAGGGAAAGGGUCUAAAGUCAUACUCCUCAAUCUGAUUUCACCUUGGAACAUCCAAAACCUGUAUCAGGAUCUAGAGCUCAAUUUUGCAAACCUUGCACAACUAACACAAGCCUUGCCUCCAGGUGUUCUGUUUGCUGUUGUCCUGGAGUCACACGCCAGGUUAACCUGCCAAGCUAGGCAAUAACAAGCGAGUCAAAACCACAGACAACUUCAAGACACGUGACCUCAACUUUAUCCUCCAGGUGGCUUUUGGCCACAGAGGGGGUCUAACCUGGGUACUUGUCGUCUUGUGACAGUUAAGAUGGUCCAAGCUCACCAUCGUAUAUAACACCGCCACCUUCCAAGGAGCAAAUGAAGAAAGAAGAUCUCUCUGCAAACAUAUUUUAAAUCUCUGAGUGUGACUUUGGCACUGCAUUGUAUUUCCCAACACAAUCUAAAAGUAUCAGGAGUCCUGUGCAGAGUUUGCAGAGCAAAAAGGGUAUGUACUAUAUGUUUCCUACUAUACCUCUUCUGAUGGAAUAAAUAUCAAAUAGAAAAAUCUGUCUAAACUUAUUUUGAAAACUGCAUGGCCAGCUUAUGCAGUAGCUAGAUCUGUGGCAAGGUUACAGUGUUACUCUCUAAGGAGAAUACAAUUAAUAUGCGUAUAUAUUUUGUUCAAUUCAAGCACUGUGUAGUCUCCAAGUUCUGCUAUGAGAAGUAUGGAUCACUUCUCAUUAUCCUUCCUAUUCCAAAACACAGUAUUUAUCACAGAUGUGUACAAUACAGCGGCAUAGCUUAGGCCUGUUAUAUAGGUCAGUAUCUGCAAUGCACAUGAGAACAUAGUUUGCCACUGCAAAGGAAAGUGGCUGCAAAAUCUAUUUUGGAUAAUCCAGUUUAUAUUUGAGGAAAUCAAUGUGUGGUCAUUUCUAGAACUGUGAAUAUAAGGCAACUGCUGCAUGCUUGUAUAUUUGAUAAGUUUUAUUAUACUAUAUCCUUAUAUGAAUGCCUAUGCAGUGUAAAUGCUUUAAUAUAAGAUACUGAAUGGUUUUUUUACACAUUAUUUUCUAAACAAUGCUACAUUUUACUGCAUGUUUAUUCAUUUUUUUUGUGUUUGUACAAAGUGCAAGCAGGAGGACACAUGAUUUUAAUAACUUGCACAGCAGCUAUUCAAAUCCAUUAUAAAAACAUGUUCUUAUGUAAAGACUUAAUUUGGCAAGAAAUGUGCUUCCUUUAGACAAUGGGCUUGGUUCACAGCAAUACCUGUGUACUUAAUGUUUAUUUAUUAAAAAACCCACAUUAUCCCUGAAUCUGUAAAUGGGGCCAUUGACUCUGCUGCGAACCUCUAUGUCAGUAUGCUUUGGUACCUUUGAAAAUGUAAAUCUACAUUUACUAGGAAAACAGAUGACCUGUCCUGAUGCAAGCUGAAAAACAGUGCUGUAAUUGAAAACGUGCAGUCCUGAGCAGCCAUUGUGUUUGGUGCUGCAGGAUGACAAUGUAGCAAUCUUUUUUUUCUUUAAACAGUACUUUUUCAUGACCUUAAUACAAUGAGUUCGUGUUACUUGAUUGUGAACUGGGCCCACUGUUUACAGUAUUAUUAUACAUAACCAAAGUUCAAUGCAAUUAACAAAACUGAUCAAAUUCAUCUUUUGGAAGAAAAAAAGAGACUGAUUUUGCUGAGGUUUUGGAGACCUGGCUUGGUACAGAGAGAGUGUUGCUUCUGUACCAAUGCAUUUUAAACAUAAGCAAAUCACUGGCUGAAAGACUGAUGGCUAAGACAUCAUUGUCAGUGGUAAUAUGCUGCUGGAAACUAAGUUACCAAUGAUAAAACGUAAAUCAAGGUAGUAAUGCAUUAAUUUAAAGAUAUGUAAAUAUUGAUUUUAAUGCUGCAGCAUCAUAGAUAUCAUUUUUCACUGCUUUGAUAUCCAAGGAUUCCUAGAAAUACACAAAUGUAUUUUAUCUGCUCCAUUUUUUAGUUUCGGUACUUUCAUUCAAAGCAAAGUAACUCCCAUUUCUUUGUACUGCACUGAAAUAAAGAAUCUUGUUUCAGUA